AUGGUGCUGUGGAAUGAGGUAGCACCUGAGAAGGAGAAGGGGAGCUGCGGCUGUAAGGGAGAAUGUGCUGCAGUAGCUGCUGAAACAAUCAAGGAGCUGAAAUCAACGGUGGAGAUGUUGGUGCAGCAGUUGAAGCUGAUGAAUGUUCGACUUGCAGCGGCUGAAAAGCAGAAUGCUUCCGGUGCUGAUGAGGAGAAGGGUGCAGAAGCCAGGGGGAGCAAUGUCAUUGCCGUUGCUGUGGCUAAGGGGAAGGGAGCUCACAAGAGUGACACUCGUGAGCAGCAGAAAUGUAAUGUCUCGUUGCAGCUCAAGGAUGCAGCUGUGAAGGAGAAGAUAAUGGAGCUGAAUGUGGCAAAUAUUGCAGAUGAUGAGACUCAGGUGAUGGGGGAACCUGAGGUGAAGCGGAGCUUGGAGGAGGCGGAUAUUAUCUUGGGUGGUAACGGUCUUACCUCUGUGAAGCUGCAAGCAGCUGAUGACAUGGGAGCUGAAAGUGUGGGGGAGCAUAAGAUUGCGUUCCCUAAAACUGGUGUGGGGAUCGGCAAUGUUGUAGAGCCGGUCGUCUAUGAGAAGGAUUUUGAGGGAGUUGAUUAG